UAUCAGUCAAAGAUCAUGGGCGGGAAUCAAGAAGCAGUCCUUAGUUCGGGAGAGAAGAUCCCAUUGCUAGCCAUGGGAACAGCAACCGCAGCAAUCCCUGAUGAUCUCGUGUCCACCUUCAUCCAGGCUAUCGAUCUUGGCUACAGGCACUUCGACACGGCUGCAGUGUAUGGGACAGAACGGCACCUCGGCGAAGCCAUAGCAGAAGCGGUCCGACGUGGCAUCAUCAAGACCCGUGGCGAGCUCUUCAUCACCUCCAAGCUAUGGUGCAACAAUGCACACCACGACCGGGUCCUUCCAGCGCUUAAGAAAACCUUAGAGAAUCUAGGGUUGGAGUACCUUGAUCUCUAUCUCAUUCAUUGGCCAGCGAGCUUAAAGCCAGGGGAAUGUAGACUUCCCUUCAGCAAGGACGACCUUGUCCCCAUGGAUUUCAAAUCCGUGUGGGAAGCAAUGGAGGAGUGUCAAAAGCUGGGCCUCACAAAAUCCAUCGGAGUCAGCAACUUCUCUUCAAAGAAGAUAUUGCAACUGAUGGCCCACGCCAAGAUACCUCCAGCCGUGAAUCAGGUGGAAAUGAACCCAACAUGGCAGCAAAGCAAGCUUAGAGAAUUCUGCAAGGAGCAUGGAGUUCACUUGAGUGCAUGGUCUCCGCUCGGGGCGAAUGGAGCCCCCUGGGGAUCGCUUGCAGUAAUGGAGAGUCCAAUCCUUAAACAAAUUGCAAGUACUAGAGGAAAAACCAUUGCUCAGGUUUCUCUAAGGUGGUUGCAUGAGCAAGGAGUGAGUGUGGUGGUGAAAAGCUUCAACAAGGAGAGAAUGAAAGAGAACCUUCAGAUCUUCGAUUGGGAAUUGAGUGAGCAAGAUUUGCAAGAAAUCAGUCAGAUUUCACAGCGUAGGGGACUUUCGGGAGAAUUCUUCGUUUCUCCAGGUGGGCCAUUCAAAACAAUAGAGGAGCUAUGGGACGGAGAGGAAUAACGUAACUCUAUCUAUUG